AUGUCCGCCGCAUCCAAAGUCAUCCUCAUCUUCGGCGCCGGCCCUCGCGUUGGAGCAGGAAUCGCCGACGCAUUCGCCAGCAACGGCUACAAAAUUGCCCUCGCCUCGCGAACCCCCAACGCCCAAACCGACGGCCUCCAUCGAAUCCACAUUCCCUGCGACUUGUCAGACCCAGCUUCCGUGCCCGGUGCCUUCAGCAAGACGAGAGAAUUACUCGGAGUCCCCAGUGUUGUAGUAUACAAUGCCUACGGCGGAAACCCAACAGAUUACCGCGACCCGCUCGCACUGCCCGUCGACGUCUUCGCUCGCAAUCUAACCAUCAACACGACAAGCGUCUACGCUGCAGCCCAGCAGGCGCGGGAGUGUUUCGCGGAGCUACCUUCGUCCGCCGCGAGGGCGUUCAUUUAUACGGGGAACUCGCUGAAUGAGCGCAUCUGUGCGCCGCUGAUGGACCUGGGGGUGGGGAAGACGGCGACGGCGCAUCUGAUUGAGUAUUUGGCGGAGGCGUAUGCUCUCCGUGGAUUCAAGUUUUACUAUGCGGAUCAGCGCAAAGCGGAUGGUUCGCCUAUGUGGGCUGGAUUGGAUGCUGAGGCACAUGGGAAGUUUUAUCUGGAGCUUGCGGAGGGCGAGCAGUCGCAGGGUCAAUGGCAGCAGACUUUUGUGAAGGGGGGUGGGGUAUAA